AUGACCAAGUCCCCCGACGAAAAAUCACUCGAGGUCCUCGAUCGCACUGCCUCAUAUGCUGAAGGCCAGAUUCUCCCCCAUGAUGCUGCCCCCGUCACCCAGCGUGGCAUCAAGUCCCGCCAUGCCCAGAUGAUGGCCAUCGGCGGCACCAUAGGCACAGGUCUCUUCGUGGGAGUAGGAGAAGUGCUCGCGCUGGCCGGCCCAGCCAACAUUCUCCUCGCCUACAUCACCAUCUGUAUUAUCGUCUACGCCAUUAUCACCGCCACCAACGAAAUGAACACCUACCUCCCCUUCAGCGGCUGCUCAAUGGCUGCCUACGGCACCCGCUUCGUCUCCUCAAGCUUAGGCUUCGCCAUGGGCCUCCUCUACUGGUACAGCUUCGGCAUCCUCGUCGCCUACGAAACCACCGCCGCUGCCCUCGUCAUCGACUACUGGUCCAACCCAGUCCCCCUCGCCGUCUGGAUCACCCUCAUGCUCAUGGUCGUCCUCGCGCUCAACUUCUUUCCCGUCAAAGUCUACGGCGAGACCGAAUUCUGGUUCGCAUCUCUCAAAGUCUUCCUCAUCAUCGGUCUCCUCAUCCUCUCCUUCGUCCUCUUCCUCGGUGGCGGUCCCAACCACACCCGUCUAGGCUUCCACUACUGGAAGACCCCCGGUGCCUUCAACACUUAUCUCGUCUCCGGCUCCACCGGCCGCUUCUGCGCCUUCCUCUACACCCUCUGCUACUCCGUCUUCUCCUUUAACUUCGCCCCGGAACUCCUCGUCGUCGCUGCAGGCGAGAUGCAGAACCCUCGCAAGAAUCUCCCCCGCGCUGCAAAGCAGUACUUCUACCGCCUCAUCAUCUUCUACAUCCUUGGCGUUCUUGCCAUCGGCGUUAUCUGCCCAAGUAAUGCCUCCGGACUGACAAAUGGUACCGGCGUCGCCGCCUCCCCCUGGGUCAUCGCCAUCAAACGCGCCGGUAUUCACGGCCUCGACUCCGUCGUCAACGCCGUCAUCAUCACUUCCGCGUGGUCCUCCGCGAACUCGUACCUCUACAUGUCCAGUCGGACACUCUAUUCCCUCGCGAGGGCAGGCAGCGCCCCCAAGAUUUUCACCCGCUGUACCCGCCACGGCGUGCCCUACUACGCUGUACUGUGCAGCUCGCUGUUCUCCCUGCUGGCGUACAUGGACUGUAGUUCCGGCGCCAGCACUGCGUUCAAUUGGUUCGUGAAUAUCACCAACACGGCGGGGUUUACGUCGUGGACGUGCUGCGGGAUUAUAUUCUUGAGGUUCAGGGCGGCGUGUAACGCUCAGGGUUUGAAGGAUCUUCCGUAUCGGUCGAGGUUGCAGCCGUGGAUGGGGAUCAUUGCCACAAUGGCUUGUCCGAUACUGUUGCUGUGUAACGGGUUUGAGGUCUUCUUUCAUGGGCACUGGAGUGUGUCGUCGUUUCUGACUUCGUAUGUGGGGUUGUUUGUCUUUGUGGGAGUUUAUGCUGGGCAUCGGGUGAUGAGGUGGAAGGAUGGGUGGUGGAUUCCUGCUGAGCAGGUGGAUUUGGUAAGUGGGUUGGAGGAGGUGGAGGCAUUAGGGGUUGAUGAUGGGGAUGAAGUGGAGAAGAAGGGGUUUUGGAGGAAGUUGUGGGAGUAG